AUGUCUGUUAAUAUUAUAAAAGAAAAUAUAUCAAUAACAUAUUUCGAUUAUUUACCAACUGAAAUUAUUCUUCAUAUAUUUGAUUAUUUAUCAUCUAUUGAUAUUAUUUAUUCAUUUUUCUAUUUAAAUCGACGUUUGCAGAAUUUAUUAAUUACACAAAAACAUUAUAUUCAUAAUUUACAAUUACCAACAACAAAUCUAUAUUUUUGGCAACAAAUCUUAUUAAUCACUGGAUCAUAUAUAAAAUCCUUAAUUAUUGUUAAUGAUUAUUUAACUCUAUCAUUAGAUUUAUUUCCAAAUCUAACCUCAAUUAUCAUCAAGUCAUCAUUUGAUUUCAUCGAUGGACAAUUAAAACUAAUAUUAGAACAUAAACAAUUUCAAAAAUUAAAUAUAUUAAAAAUCAAAGAUGGAAUUGUAUCUAAAUGGCCCAAUAAUCAAACUGAAUCCGAUGAUGAAAAAAUACUAUUUAAAAAAGUAUUUAGUAAAGAAAAUAAUCUACAAGUAUUUGAAUAUCUUCCACUUUUUACUAAAUCAAACUGUAAUGAUUGGACAGUAAAUAUUUAUAUUCAUUCGUUAACAUUAAAUUUAUUACAUUUUAAAGAUAUUUUUAUUUUUAUUAAAUACGUGCCGAAUUUAGUUUAUUUAAAUAUCCAAUCAUUACCACCUUUCUCGGAUGAAAACGAAGAAGACUAUAAAUGGAAUCAUUUUAUUACAAUUCAAUUAAAAGAAUUUCAUUUAAAACUCAAUGAACAAAAUAAUUCAUCACAUCGAUGUGUUUAUUCAGCACAUGAUUUUAAUAAAAUAAUUUCUACUAUUCAACUAUUUUCUUCGUCAUUAAUAAUUUUAACAUUAAAUUUUCAAAAUUUCAAUAUGAACGAUGAGAAUGAUUUACUAUUUAAUGGUAUUAAACUUGAAAAUCAACUAUUAAAAUCAAUGAUAAAAUUAAAAAAAUUUUAUCUUUACGCUGAAACAUAUCCAAAGACAAAAGAUAUACAUAAACUUUUAUCAACAUUUCAGACUCAAUUUUGGUUUGAUCAUAAUUGGUCUAUUGGUCUUCAUAAUGAUCAUAGAAAUACAUAUAUAUAUUCGUUACCAUUUCAUUUUAAUGAAUUUCAUAAUUUUAUACAUUCGAAUCAAAUUUUAUCAAAUAAUGAUCAACUAUUAAAGAAUAAUAUGCAUUUAUGGUAUAAUAUCACAUCACUUGGAUUAUCUAUGAGAAUACAUAAGAAUUUUGAAGAUAUAUUUCGAUUCAUAAAAAUAAAUAUGCCGAAAUUAUCAUCUAUUAGAUUUUUUGGAGCUAAAUCAUCUUCAAAUACUGCCUGUCUUGUUAAGAAAACGAUCCAGAAGAAUCAUGUAACGUUAAAUAGUGUCACAACUGUUUCUCUUGAAUGUAUACAUAUGGAACAAUUAGAAGAAUAUUUAAUAUAUACUUUACCAAAUUUAAAAAAUUUAAUUUUAACUGCUACGGAAUUACCAUUAAUAGACAGUGAAUUAGCUUUGAUAUUCAAUAAAAGAAUUCAACGACUUGAAGUUAGUCAAUUUUUUUAUGUAAAAAUAUUAGCAGAUAUAAGUUAUCAUUAUUUUUCUAAUUUAAAAGAAUUAAAUUUAACGUAUUAUUAUACAUUUAAUGUUGAAGAAUGUCAAGAUCGACCAAAUGUAAUUAGGAAAAUAUUAGAAAACUUUGCGAAUUUAAGAAUUUUAUCAAUCUAUGUUGUAUGUUGUGAUAUGAAUUAUAUAUUUGAUGUCGAAGAUAUUUUCAAGCCAAUUAUUAGAAACUUGGAUAGAUAUCAAAUAAAAGAUAAAUAUGAAAUUAAAUGUUAUGGACAAUACCUUCGAUUUGUGAAGAAAUUAUUAUUUUAA